AUGAUGACACGUGGGGUCCGUAUUAUUGCGCUGAGAGUACUUCGUGGGUCGAGAAACACCGAACAUCGCCGGUUCGGUCGAGCUCGGUGGCAAAGCGCAUUAGGCCGUGGGUACGUCCAGAUCGCAGAUGCGCGCCCCAAAAUUGGCGGUCUCUUCUUUGUUUUUGUGGUCGACGCUACUGUAGUGUUGUGUCCUAAUGUUGGCGCCGCUACACGUAUGUCACUUUCCAUGGAGGCGUCUAACCAUCAUUAG